AUGAGGCUCCAUUCGUUUCCACUUUUACUUUCUGGUCUGAGUCUUGUAACUGGUGUCCAGUGUGCAGCCAUUGGUCAACGGAUUCUGUCUGUUGAUUCUGAUUACCGUUAUUCCCUUGAAGGGCUUGAUAAAGCUCUCCAGGAUGAUAUCAAGUUCGCAUGGAACUCAUUGGAGCAAAGCCUUGGUACACAAGCGCUCAAGAAAGCCAUCAAAGAUUAUGAAACAGGUGUCUGCCCAAUAACUAGCUCAUUACCAACUAAUAUCAAAAGCGAUUCUGACAAUGUGGAGACUAUUACACUUGAAAGCUUGCCAGAGUAUCAAUUGAGAUUGCAUACGAAAAAACGGAGCAACCCAUUGAGUCUAGGUGUGGAUACUGUUGAACAAUAUACAGGAUACUUUGAUAUCAACGAUGAUGAUAAGCAUCUUUUCUAUUGGUUCUUCGAAAGCAGAAACGAUCCUGCAACUGACCCUGUGAUUCUUUGGCUAAAUGGGGGUCCUGGCUGCAGCUCGGUGACAGGAUGUUUAUUUGAGCUUGGUCCAGCAUCACUUAACGGAACCACACUCACCCCAAUCCACAAUCCCUAUUCUUGGAAUAACAAUGCGUCGGUCAUCUUCCUUGAACAGCCUGUUGGCGUUGGCUACUCUUACAGUACUAGGUCAUCUGUUUCAAGCACCAAGGUCGCAGCUAAAGAUGUUUAUGCGUUCUUGGAGCUAUUUUUCACGAGGUUCGCGCAAUUUGUGAAUAACGACUUUCAUAUUGCUGGCGAGUCUUACGCUGGUCACUACAUUCCAAGUAUUGCAAGUGAGAUUCUUGAUCACGAAGACAAGUCAUUUAACCUCACCUCUCUUUUGAUCGGUAAUGGAAUUACUGAUCCAUUGAUCCAGUAUGGCUGGUAUGGUCCAAUGGCCUGCAAUGCAUCGUUGUCAGGCUAUAAGCAAAUUCUUUCCGAUGGUGACUGCAAAAAAAUCGACGACAUGUACUCUCGCUGCAAGAGACUGGUCAGAGCAUGUUAUAGGACUCUUUCUACUGUUACGUGCCUGCCGGCAAACCUUUACUGUGAACGUAUAUUGGAGCCAUUUGAGGAAACCGGGCUCAAUGUAUAUGAUAUUCGUGGCCCUUGUGAAACCCAAGACGGAAAUUGUUAUCUUGGAAUGGACUACAUCGACAAAUACAUGAAUCUUCCUGAAGUUAAAGAGGCAUUGGGUGCAGAAGUUGAUUCCUACAGCGGUUGCGAUGAUGACGUUUUCAGACAAUUCAUUUUGACGGGAGACGAAACCAAACCAUUUCAGCAGUAUAUAGCCCAAGUUCUAGAUGCUGGUCUCCCAGUUCUUAUUUAUGCAGGAGACAAAGACUACAUUUGCAACUGGCUUGGAAAUUUGGCCUGGACUGAAGCACUAGAUUGGAAAGAAAGCGCCUCUUACCAGAAGGCAGAAUUUAAGAACUGGUAUACGGAACUUGAAGGCCUUCCUGCAGGAGAAAUUAAAACCAAUGGACGCCUUACCUUUGCCCGGGUUUACGAUGCAGGCCAUAUGGUUCCGCACGACCAACCAGAAGCUGCUCUCGAUAUGGUUAACAGGUGGAUUGCUGGAGAUGUCUCAUACAAUCGCUGA